UGAAGCCGGCUCAUUGUCGGGAGAAAGCCGGGUUAGCUGCUAGCUGCUAGCUGCCAUAGAGCCUGAUCACUGCGAUGGCUGGAAGAAGCGCAUCCGUCCUGCUUCGGGCUCUGGUGGAGGCCGAGAGCCGGCCGUGUCAAACCGUAAUACGGAGAGCAAAGGCGCAGCGCGGAUUCCGCCAUUUAGACUCGUGUGGGAUUUUGGCCUCCCAGUACCCAAAACUACCUCUGCCUUCAUAUAUCCAGACACAAACCCGGACUUUCCUGAACUUUGCCGCACCGCUGCUGGGCAACAAGCGCAUGGAUUACACAGAAUCAAAAGUGUUAGGGUAUUCCAUAGAACAAAUGUUUGACAUUGUAUCUAAUGUUGAAGAUUACAAGAUGUUCGUGCCUUGGUGCAACAGUUCCAAAGUUUUAUCUAGUCGCAAGGGGAUAACUAAAGCUGAGCUGGAGGUGGGCUUCCCACCCAUUGUUGAAAGAUAUGUGUCUGAAAUCUCUGUAAUACCCCAGCACCAGAUCCGGGCUGUGUGCAAUGAUGGGAAGCUGUUCAGUCACUUGGAAACUGUGUGGAGAUUUAGUCCUGGAUUACCUGGGCGCCCUGACACCUGCACUCUUGAUAUCUAUGUUUCUUUUGAAUUUAAGUCCCUUCUUCAUUCUCAACUCGCUACAGUCUUCUUCGAUGAGGUGGCCAAGCAGAUGGUUAAUGCUUUUGAGCAUCAAGCAGCUAGAACUUAUGGACAGCAAACCGUCCCACUGCGAGCUGCAAAGCUCCGCGCUGUACAAUAAGAACAAAUUAUAACUUAUUUUUAUACAUUACAAGACGUGGGGUACUGUGGCCUAUGAAUUGACUUGAAGUGGCAUUAUAAUGCCCAGGGUAUCACGUGUUUGUAAUGGACCACACCGUAAACUUUGCACAUUCCUCUGUUCUGUUAUUUAUGUUUAUUUAACACAUUUAAAAUUAAGUUAUUUGUAAACAUGACUUUUAUGUUAUCCCUUUUCACUGCAGAGGGCAUGAUCUAAAGUUCUGCUGUUAAAUUGUGUCCAAUUUUGAAUGUGUAUAUAUAUAUAUAUUUAAGGCUGCCUUUUAAAAAACACUUUCAAUAAUAUAUGUAUGUACAUGUUUUAGAACAGACAUAUUUUAUAGCCCAAAAUUUUAUUUUUAUAUUCAUUUACAUGGCAGUAAAUAAAAAAAAAAAAAAAAAAAAAA